CCUCGGAGUAUAUUUCAAAAAUACCACAUUAAAACUUAACCAUUCCAAAAUUUCAAGUUUGAGGCGGAUUUUUUUACAUGGUAGAUUUUGGAUGUUAAAUUCUUUUUUGUAAUUUGCGUAGAAUCACAGGAUAUUUUUCGACUCUGUGAUCAUGCCAAUUUUAAACAAAAUUCAUUAUGUGUACAAAAACACGCGAAAAUUACGACCAGCCAUGCGAAUCUUCGAACGUUACAAAUCAUCACGACCGGCGGUACGACUUGCCAGUCCACGUAAAACUUCGCCUGGGGGUGAUGCUCUGGAAAAAGGACAUCAGGAAGAAUUCAAGGCCAAUUCACGAGUGUAUUCAAAAAUGCGUAUUGAGGAGCCUAGUACCGGUCUAGUUUUAGAUGUGAAUUUGAAAUAUUCUUUUCGGGAGAUACCAGAGAUUUCACCUCCAUCCGUUAGUGGAAUGGAAAGCUACCACAGGACUAAAGAUGCACAAAGCCGACUUAGAGAUAUAGUGGGAUUUAAUGCUCGUCAUUUAGACCCAUUAGUAUCUGGUCCAAGUGUUGGAGAGUUAUCAAAUGAAAAGAAUAAGGCUUCACCACUUUUUACUUUUGAGGAUCCAGAAAAGAAUCAUGAAAAUAGUAUUGAUUUGACAGACUCAGCAAAGCCAGGUGCAUUGAGAUACAACGCAAAAGUAUCUGGGAGGGUAGGCUUGAAUGUCAACCAGCUAAGCCCAACGCAGAUCAAUGACACAAUACAAGCGAUUGCAACAAGUGCAAUAGCCAAUUCAUUCAGGACUAUAGUGCAGAAAGUCCAGAAACAAAAAUCGUCUGGUGGAUUGUUGACUAUGAUAAACAAGUCAAAUUCAAUGCCCUUCGGAUUAUCGAAACGUGGCAUGAAAUUCAAGGCUACCCCUGACCGACGUUAUAGACGACAUAGAAAUAUUUCUGAAAGUCUUCGACAAGGGGCACAAAUGGUUCGCAAUGAGAGAGAAAAGAGGACAUUGGAGAAGACGUUGGAUGUUUUUUCGGAACAUACUAGAGACAUCCCGACUUUUCGACGUGAUAUAAGAAGACGCACUCUGAGCAGCAGUGCGAAGGUCUCCAAGGAAAAAAGGGAUCAUUUGGCUUCUGCUACCAAACUUAGUGAAAAAGAAGGUCCUUUCUCUGUGAAAGUAGAGGAAUGUUCGAUUCAAGUUACCAACAAAAGUGCAGCGAAAACAAAAUCGUUUUUCAGCGACCCAAGUCAAAAUGCUUUUACGCCAAAUUACAAAUUUCUCAAGCAGUUCGCUGAGAGUACAUUUGGAUUAGCAAAUCAACAUAUCAAUCUAAGUUUGCCCCGUCAAUAUUCAAAAAAGGGUGCCGUCGUUAUUGGAAAAGAUAUUCCACCCUUUUAUCAUAUCUUGACCAAGAUAAAGGAACGGGAAAGUAUUAGUGAGAAAGAUGCUGGCAAAGCGGAGGAGGGUAAUAAAGUUUCUGGUCUGAAGGAGUCAGAAAACAAGGAACUGAUCCAUUCCAUUCCGAAAAAGUUCGAGAACUCUGAUCCCAUUGAACCUGAAGGUAACAAGGAAAGUGAAACUGGUCUACCAUUGGGUAGCCGUGAGGGGGAAAAUGAGCUUACAGACCCUAUAGCAUAUAACCAGAAACCUAAAAUAACCUCCCCCAUAAGAACAAAGUCAAAACAAAUUCCGGUCGAAACACCAAAUCCAGAGAAACUACGACAACUUUCUAAAGGCGCAUCCGCUUGGCAAAUCGCUCUCUCCAACUUCCUUUCUCCUUCGAAAGACUCUAGUGAUCAAGACAAUAAGAAUUCUCCGACAGUUGAAAAGAAUUCCAAAUAUGCAGAGUGUAAAUCUAAUGCUCCAACCUUCCCUCGGUGCGAAGGCCGCCCGGGUAUUACAGUGCGGGGACCGACGACUUAG